UGGAGAGGAGAGGCAGAGCCAUGCACUCCUCCGGAGCAGCUCUCGCCCCUCUGUGACUGCCCUGCCUAGGCAUGUCCUGACAACUUGCUCAUUUCCCACAUUUUCAUCACCUUUAUCUGUCCGGGAACUUUUUUUGUUACUUUAUCUCGAAAAAUCUACUUUCCAACACUUUGAUGGUGCUAGAACACUGGAUUGGGCGAUUGGGUCCUGUUGUCGGUUCACCGUUUUGUGGCUAUGUUGAAAAAGAAACGGAGGAGGUGAAGCUCGAAACGUUGAUACAGUUUGGCUGGGGCGAAUCUCAUGGGGAUCAGUACAGGAGCGCGGACUGCUAAAGAAACAAAGUGAUGUCGUGCUCUUUGACCACCAUGGAAAAAUACUUGACCAUGCUGCUUUUAUUGCUGUUGGUGCAGCAUUUUGGGAACUGUGAAGAAAGCCAUGGGCUGCACACUCCUGCGUCAAUGCAGUUUACUCAGCACCAAUAUAAUGCCACUGUACACGAAAAUUCAGCCGCAAAAACCUAUGUUGGACACCAAGCAAAAAUGGGUAUUUUCUUAAAAAACCCUGCAUGGGACAUAAAGUACAAAAUUGUCUCUGGUGACAAUGAGAACAUUUUCAAAGCUGAAGAGUACGUCCUGGGAGAUUUCUGCUUUCUGAGGAUAAGAACCAAGGGGGGUAAUACAGCGAUUCUUAACAGAGAAGUUAAAGACCACUAUCUCCUCAAUGUUAAAGCAGUUGAGAGGAACUCAAACUCUGAAGCCCGCACAAAAAUUAGUGUUCAAGUACUGGAUACAAAUGACCUGAGACCACUGUUCUCACCAACCUCAUACAGUGUCUCCUUGCCGGAAAACAAAGCAAUAAGGACCAGCAUUGCAAAAGUCACAGCAACAGAUGCAGACAUUGGAACCAAUGGUGAUUUCUAUUACAGUUUUAAAGAGAGAACAGAUAUGUUUGCUAUUCAUCCAACCAGUGGUGCUAUAAUAUUGACUGGAAAACUUGAUUAUUCCGACACUGAUAAGUAUGAUAUGGAAAUACUUGCAGUGGAUCGCGGGAUGAAAUUGUACGGAACCAGUGGCAUUAGUAGUAUGGCAAGACUUACUGUUUAUGUGGAACAAGCAAAUGAACAUGCACCGGUUAUCUCCGCUAUUACAAUGACACCUUCAGAACAUGAUAAAGAUUUAACAUAUGCAACUGUAUCAGUAGAUGACUAUGACCAAGGAUCCAAUGGAGAAAUCGCCUCUCUAAGCAUUGUUGCUGGCGACCCUUUACAGCUCUUUAAGACAGUCAGGACUGCUCCUGGAAGUAAGGAAUAUAAAAUUGUGGCUCUUGGAGAGAUUGAUUGGGAGAAACAGCCAUAUGGUUACAAUUUGACUCUCCAGGCAAAAGACAAAGGAUCCCCUCCACAGUACUCUCAAACCAAAGUCAUACAUUUGACAUCUCCGCUAGUUAAACAGGGUCCAGUUAAAUUUGAAAAAGAGGUCUACAGGGCUGAAAUAAGUGAAUUUGCUCCUCCAAAUACACCUAUAGUUAUGGUUAAAGCAAUAUCUAAUCAGGCACGCCUGAAAUAUAUUUUUAAAAAUGGCGCAGACCAAACCAGAUUCACCUUAAAUGCUAACACAGGCCUGAUUAGCACUUUAUUACCCAUCAAAGCAAAACAAGCAUCGCAUAUCGAACUAGACAUCAUGACUAGUGACAAAAAGGCUUUUACAAAAGUGAUGAUCAAAGUGCUCGGUACAAACAGCAAUGCCCCUGAGUUUACCAAGACCUCCUACAAAGCAGUGGUGGACGAGAAUGUGCCACUAGGCACCAGUGUACUACGAGUUAAUGCUAUUGAUCACGAUGAAGGGGAGAAUGGAUAUAUAACUUAUAGCAUUGCUAACUUGAAUCCAGUGCCUUUUGUCAUUGAUGCUUUCUCUGGUGUUAUUAGCACAGCUGAAGAAUUAGACUAUGAGUUGAUGCCAAGAAUAUAUACUGUAAAAGUCAGAGCAUCCGAUUGGGGUUUGCCUUAUCGCAGAGAGGUUGAAAUUCCUGCCACGAUCACACUGAAUAAUUUAAAUGACAACACGCCUUUGUUUGAGAAGAUAAAUUGUGAAGGCACAAUCCCCAAAGACCUUAGAGUUGGGGAACAAAUAACCACCGUUUCUGCUAUUGAUGCUGAUGAACUUCAGUUGGUAAGGUACAGAAUAGAAUCUGGUAAUGAGUUUGAUUUAUUUAACUUGAAUCCUAAUUCAGGAGUGCUUUCUUUGAAACAACCUCUUUCAGAGGGCCUUGGGAGCAAAAUGUCUUUUCACAGUUUGAGGAUUACAGCUACAGAUGGUGAAAACGUAGCCAACUCAAUUUAUAUCAAUAUUACUGUGACUUCGAGCCGAAAAACUGUUCACUUAGACUGUGAGGAAACUGGAGUUGCCAAAAUGCUAGCAGAGAAACUUCUACAAGCAAAUAAGUUAUUUCAUCGUGGGACACCAGAGGAGGUUGAUUUUGACACUCACUUGGCAAACUUUCAUGUUCCUCAGUUUAAAAAUAUGCUUCCUAGUAGAAUUGUAAUUAAGGAAAAUGUACCUGUAGGAAGCAGCAUCAUUCAAAUCGAGGCCAAUGACCUUGACACUGGUUUCAGUGGAAAACUAGUAUAUGCUCUCUCUUCAGGAAACAACGAUAGCUGUUUCAGCAUAGAUAUGGAAAAUGGUUGGCUUAAGGUUUUAUCUCCGCUAGAUCGAGAGCUUGAAGAUCAGUACUCUUUGAAUAUUACAGUGUACGACCUUGGAAUACCACAAAAAUCUGCGUGGCGUCUAAUAGACGUUGGUAUUCUUGAUGUAAAUGACAACCCCCCAGAGUUUUUACAGAACAGUUAUUCGGUUGAAGUUAAGGAGAACGAGGAAGAGAACAAGGCAAUAAUUCAAAUAGAAGCGAUGGACAAAGACUUGGGAGUGAAUGGCGAAGUGAAAUAUUCUAUAAUUACUGACACUGAUCUAUUUACCAUUGAUAGCACAACAGGGGUGGUAAAAGCUGUAGCACCACUGGAUCGAGAAACACAGCCAAUGCAUUUGCUCAAGAUAGAAGCCAGGGACCAAGCAGAUAGUGAGCCUCAGAUGUAUUCUACUAUCGUUUUAAAAAUAUUGGUAGAAGAUGCAAAUGAUAACCAUCCAGUAUUCAUUCCCUCAAACUACCAUGUGAAAGUGAGAGAGGAUCUUCCAGUGGGAACAGUUGUUACUUGGCUAGAAGCUUAUGAUCCAGAUGUAGGUCUCUCUGGUCAAGUCCGUUAUAGUCUUUUAGAAAAUACUGAUGGAAAGUUUGAAGUAGAUAAACUGAGUGGAGCUGUACGUAUAGUACAUGAGCUAGAUUUCGAGGAAAAACAGAUUUACAACCUGACUGCAAGAGCAAAAGACAGAGGCAAACCCACUUCCUUGUCUUCUACAUGUUACAUUGAAAUUGAAGUCAUUGAUGUGAAUGAGAACUUGUAUACGCCAAGGUUUUCAAACUUUGUACAGAAAGCUUUAGUAAGAGAAGAUGCCCCAAUUGGAACUCCAGUGCUGACGGUGUCAGCUCACGAUGAGGAUACAGGACGGGAUGGGGAAAUCAGAUAUUCAAUAAGGGAUGGAUCUGGACUUGGUGUCUUCACUAUAAAUGAAGAAAAAGGUACUAUACGGACAGUGGAUGUUCUGGACCGUGAAACUACUUCUCACUACUGGUUGACUGUGUAUGCUACAGACCGUGGUGUGGUUCCCCUUUCAUCUUUCAUCGAAGUAUACAUAGAGAUAGAAGAUGUUAAUGACAAUGCUCCACAGACAACCGAACCCGUGUACCAUCCAGAAAUUAUGGAAAAUUCACCCAAGGAUGUAUCUGUUGUGCAGAUUACAGCUUUUGAUCCAGACUCCAGUUCCAACGACAAGCUAACCUACAGAAUUUCAAGUGGUAACCCGCAAGGAUUCUUUGCAAUAAAUCCCAAGACAGGUUUGGUCACCACUACAUCAAGAAAGCUAGACCGAGAACAGCAAGCAGAGCAUAUACUCGAGGUGACUAUAACCGAUAACGGAUAUCCUCCAAAAUCAGCGGUUACUAGAGUUAUUGUGAAGGUGCUAGAUGAGAAUGAGCACAAACCCUUGUUUAUGCAAAAAGUCUACAAGAUUAGACUUCCAGAGCUUGAAAAGCCCGAAAAAGAGAAGAAUGCCAAAAAGGAGACAAUCUACAGAGUGAUUGCUGUAGAUAAGGAUGCUGGGCCCAAUGCAGAAAUAUCAUACAGCAUUGAGGAUGGAAACGAUGAGGGGAAAUUUUUCAUCGACCCCAAAACAGGAUCUGUCUCCUCCAAGAAAUUUUCUGCGGCAGGAGAAUAUGAUAUUCUGACGAUUAAAGCUGUUGAUAACGGAAGACCUCAGAAAUCAUCAAGUGUUCGAUUACAUAUAGAAUGGAUUGCAAAACCAACACCGUUAAUAGAACCAUUAUCCUUUGAGGAACCAUUUUUCACCUUUACUGUAAUGGAAAGUGAUCCUGUUGCUCAUAUGAUUGGCGUGAUAACGGCAGAACCAGCGGGCUCACCAUUGUGGUUUGACAUUAUCGGUGGCAAUUAUGACAGCAGAUUCGAUGUGGACAAGGGCACAGGAACCAUCAUUGUCGCUGGACCACUCGAUGCAGAACAGAAAUCUAAUUACAGCUUGACAGUGGUGGCAACAGAUGGGACAAGAUCUAUCAGUACACAGGUUCUCAUUAAAGUGAUAGAUACAAAUGACCACAGGCCGGAAUUUUCGACUUCAAAGUAUGAAGUUCUAAUCCCAGAAGAUAUUAAUCCAGAGACUGAAAUUUUGCAAGUCACGGCUACAGACAAAGAUGAGAAGAACAAGUUGAUUUACACUUUGCAGAGCAGUACCGACCCUGCCAGUCUAAAGAAGUUUCGAAUUGAUCCUGCCACCGGCUCAUUAUACAUCGUUGAAAAAUUGGACCAUGAAACUAUGCAGCAGCACAUCCUCACAGUGAUGGUACGCGAUCAAGAUGUUCCUGUUUUACGCAACUUUGCCAGAAUUGUUAUUAAUGUAACUGACACGAAUGACCAUGCCCCAUGGUUUACAAGCUCGUUCUAUGAAGGCCGAGUAUAUGAAUCAGCAGCUGUUGGAUCAGCUGUUCUGCAGGUUACCGCGUUGGACAAAGACAAAGGAAAAAACGCUGAAGUUGUUUAUUCUAUUGAGUCUGGGAACACAGCAAACGCUUUUACCAUUGAUCCAGUUAUGGGAAUUAUUAAGACUGCAAAAGAACUUGAUCGCACAGUCAACAGUCAGUACGAACUGGUCAUCAAAGCUUCAGAUCGUGGAGUUCCUCCAAUGAGCCAGAUAGUAUCAGUAUAUAUUACGGUUACAAUUUCUGAUAACGCAGCACCCAGAUUCACGACGAAAGAGUUUUCUGCCGAAAUUAGUGAAGCUGCUCGCAUCGGUACUUUUGUGCAACUGCUGUCCAUCCGCAGUCAGUCCUCUGUAGUAUAUGAGAUAAAGGAUGGAAACAUAGGAGAUUCAUUUGAUAUCAAUCCCAGCUCUGGCAUCCUCAUUACUCAGAAGCAACUAGACUUUGAAACACUUCCUUCUUAUGUACUUACUGUUCAAGCAACAAAUAUGGCUGGAUUGUCAACAAACACAACUGUUGUCAUACAUGUUAGAGAUGAGAAUGACAAUUUUCCAGUUUUUGUGCAAACUGAAUACAAAGGUCUUAUUAGCGAAUCCGCAUCACCUAGCAGUGUUGUCCUCACGGAGGAGAAUGUUCCGUUAGUAAUACGGGCCACUGAUGAUGACAGAGAAUCAAAUGCUCUGCUUGUUUAUCAGAUUGUUGAACCGUCUGUCCGCAAAUAUUUUGCUAUUGACUCCAGCACUGGUGCAAUACGUACGUUAGCAAGUCUAGAUUAUGAACAGACAAACAUAUUCCAUUUUACGGUACAGGUACACGAUAUGGGUUAUCCGCGUUUAUUUGCAGAGCGUGCUGCUAAUGUUACCAUAUACGUGCUGGAUAUCAAUGACUGUCCACCGGUUUUCACAAGAGAUGUCUAUGAAGCCUCACUUUUGAUACCAACAUACAAAGGAGUCAGGGUUAUUACGGUGAAUGCCACAGAUGACGACUCUGGAUCCUUUUCAGAACUCAUGUAUUCCAUUGUUGAAGGGAACAUUGGAGAAAAAUUUGCAAUUGAUCCCCUAAAAGGAAUUAUAACUGUUCAAAGCACAAACCCAUUAAGAAGCAGAUAUGAAUUGACUGUACGGUCCUCUGAUGGUAAAUUUUCAAGCCUUGCAUCAGUUAAGAUUAACGUGAAGGAAAGCAAAGAAAGUCCACUGAAAUUCACUCAACGUUCGUACACUGCAGAAGUGCAGGAAAACGAAACUCAAGUAAAAACGUUGACUAUUAUUAGUCCGGUUGGCAACCGUAUUAAUGAACCCUUGUUCUACCGAAUUCUUAACCCAGAUGUUAGAUUUAAAGUUAGUCAUACAUCUGGUGUAUUGUCAACUACUGGAAUACCAUUUGAUCGUGAACAGCAGGAGUUAUUUGAAUUGGUGGUGGAAGUCACAGAUGAGCAUAUUCCUCCAAGGCUUGCACAUGUUUUGGUGAGAUUAACCAUACAAGAUGUAAAUGAUAACAGCCCUGUUUUUGUUAACCUCCCUUAUUAUGCAAUGGUACAGAUAGAUGCUGAAGUGGGUCAUGUUAUAAGACACGUAACGGCCGUGGAUCGAGAUAUUGGCGAAAAUGGAGAAAUACACUAUUCCUUAAAAGAGCAUUCCCAGAACUUUCAGAUUGGACCAAGUGGUGAGAUCUCUAUAAAAAAGAUGUUUGAUCCUGAUGCAUUUAAUAAGGAAUAUUUUAUAACUGUAGUAGCAAAAGAUGGCGGAAACCCAUCAUUUUUUGCUGAAGCUACUGUCUCAAUUACAGUAAUGAAUAAAGCCAUGCCAGUUUUUGAAAAACCUUUUUAUAGUGCCGAAAUAGCUGAAAAUGCCCAGCUUCACAGCCCUGUGGUCCAUGUACAAGCCAAUAGUCCAGAAGGGCUUCGAAUCAUUUACAGUAUCACAGAUGGUGAUCCAUUCAGUCAAUUUAAUAUCAACUUUAACACUGGCGUCAUAAAUGUUUUUGCUCCCCUUGAUUUUGAAUCCCAUCCAGCCUAUAAACUAAGAGUACGAGCCACGGACUCCCUAACUGGGGCACAUGCCGAAGUUUUUGUUGACAUUAUCUUGGAGGAUGUCAAUGAUAAUAAACCAGUGUUCAAAGAGAAAACAUAUGCUGCCACCUUGUCUGAGGCAUCCAUAAUUGGGACAUCUGUUGUGCAAGUGAAUGCUGUAGAUGCGGAUUCUGAACAGAAUAAUGCUGUUUCCUAUGAACUGGUUGGGAACGAUGGCAAUGCUUCCCAGUAUUUUCACAUUGACAGAGUCAGUGGAGUCAUAGUAACAACAAAGUCUUUGGAUUAUGAGGAGUUCCAAGAGUAUAGUUUAUUAAUAAGGGCUGUUGACAAUGGUGUUCCCCCCUUAAGCAGUGACACCAUAGUAAAGGUUAGCAUAACUGAUAUUAAUGAUAACCCACCUUCAUUCACCCAACAACUUUAUGAAGCUAAAUUUAGUGAGCUUGCUAGACGUGGACACUUUGUCACUUGCGUUAAAGCAACAGAUCCUGAUUAUUCAGAUACUGAAAAACUUGAAUAUUCUAUACUUUCUGGGAAUGAGGAUAUGAAUUUUGUCAUUGAUGGUAAAAGUGGUAUAAUAACAGUUUCUAACUUACGGAAAUCAGCUCUGCAUCCGCUUUACACCCUAAAUGUGUCUGUUUCGGAUGGCGUCUUCAGAAGUUCAGCCCAGGUUCGCGUUGCUGUAAUGUUUGCCAACUUAUAUAGCCCUAGUUUUGGACAAAAUGAAUAUGAAGUGGAGCUUUCUGAAAAUUCUCCAGUGCAUACCCUUGUUACGGAACUUAAAGCUGUUGAUGAGGACAAAGGGCUAUAUGGGCAGAUCAGUUACCAUAUUCUUAAUGAGUUUGCAAAAGACAAUUUCUACAUUAAUGAAAGAGGCCAGUUGUUUACUACAGAAAGGCCUGACCGUGAAAACCCAACCAACAAGGUAAUCCCUAUAAGCAUAAUGGCAAAGGAUACUGGAGGAAAAGUUGGCUUCUGCACUGUUAAUGUUAUACUUACAGAUUAUAAUGAUAAUGAUCCAAGAUUCCGCUCCACCGAGUACAAAGUAAGCAUUGCAUCCAAUGUACCACGGGGAUCAACAGUUGUAAAAGUCACAGCAUCCGAUUGUGAUGAGGGAGCAAACGCCGAUAUAUCUUAUUCCAUUGAAGCAAAAUCUGAAACUGUUGAAGAAAAUUUUGAAAUCAAUCCAUUUUCUGGCACCAUUUCUACAAAGGAAAGCUUGGUUGGUUUAGAAAAUGAAGUCUAUUCAUUCUUUGUUAAGGCUACUGAUGGAGGAUCCCCUUCAAGAGAAUCGAUUGCCCCUGUCUUCAUUAAGAUUAUCCCACCUGAAGUGGUGUUGCCAAAAUUUUCAGAACCAUUUUAUACAUUAAGUAUCUCAGAAGAUGCUGCCAUAGGUACAGAACUUGAUGUCAUGAAAGCAGAAAGCAGCUAUCCCAUAAUGUAUUCUCUGGUGAAAGGAAAUACACCUGAAAGUAAUGUUGAGGACAUUUUUGUUAUUGACAAACAAAAUGGCCGAUUAAAACUUGAAAAAGCUUUAGACCAUGAAACAACAAAAUGGUACCAGUUCUCAGUUAUGGCACAAAAUGUUCAUGACGAACAAGACAUGGUUUACUCUGUAGAUGUCAAUGUUCAAGUCAAAGAUGUUAAUGACAAUAAACCAAUUUUUGAAGCAAAUCCGUAUGAAACAAUCAUCGCUGAAAAUCUUCCUGGAGGCACAAAGGUUGUGCAAGUAAAAGCAGUUGAUCUUGAUUCAGGCUCCAAUGGGCGUGUUUCAUAUAUGCUGGCAGAUUUGCAAGAACCACAGGAAAUUAAACAACUUUUCUCGGUGGAUUUGGAAACUGGAUGGGUCAGCACUCUGGGUGAACUUGACCAUGAGAAAAACAACAAAUACAGCAUUGUUGUCAUUGCGUAUGAUCAUGGUGAUAAGGUUCUGUCCUCUACUUCUGUGGUUGAUGUAACAGUAAUAGAUGUGAAUGACAACCCACCUCGAUUCACUGCUGAAAUCUAUAAAGGAACAGUGAGUGAAGAUGACCCACCUGGUGGUGUGAUUGCCAUUGUGAGUACCACAGAUGAAGACUUGGAGGAGAUAAACAAAGAGGUCACCUACUAUAUCACAGGAGGAGAUCCGCUUGGUCAAUUUGCCAUUGAAAACAUGCAGCAUGAAUGUAAAGUCUAUGUGAAAAGGCCACUAGACAGGGAAGUCAAAGACAAUUAUCUUCUGAACAUAACAGCAACAGAUGGAACUUUUGCAAGCAAGGCUGUAGUGGAAGUCAAAGUCCUUGAUGCCAAUGACAAUAGUCCUGUGUGUGACAAGAAUUUAUAUGCUGAAACCGUCACAGAAGAUGCUCUUCCCGGUAAAAUAAUUCUGCAGGUUUCUGCAAGCGAUGCUGACAUUCGCUCUAAUGCAGAGAUCACGUAUACUUUGCACGGACCAGGUGCAGAGAAUUUCCACCUCCAUGCAAUUACAGGUGAGCUGAAGACAUCAUCGCCUCUUGAUCGUGAGAUUCAGGAAGUAUACCAUCUAUGGGUAAAAGCCUCCGACGGAGGUGGCAGGUUCUGCCAGGCGGAUAUCGAGUUGACCUUAGAAGAUAUAAAUGACAAUGCUCCUGAAUUCUCUUCGGAUCCCUACACUGUUACUGUGUUUGAAAACACGGAGCCCAAAACGCCACUGACAAGAGUGCAGGCUAUCGAUGCUGAUGCAGGACUUAAUCAUAAGGUGCAAUAUUCAUUAGUCAACUCGGCAGAAGGUCAAUUCUCAAUUGACGAGUUGUCUGGAAUAAUUAGUUUGGAGAAAAUGCUGGAUCGGGAAUCACAGGCAGUUUAUACCCUGACAGUCAGAGCCACAGAUCAAGGAUUACCUCGAAAGCUUUCUUCUGUUGCAAGUGUAGUCGUAUCGGUCUUGGAUAUCAACGAUAACCCACCCGUGUUUGAACACCGAGAAUAUGGUGCAACUCUAUCAGAAGAUAUUGCUGUUGGAACCGAAGUGCUUCAAGUAUAUGCUACUAGCAGGGAUAUAGAAGUCAAUGCAGAAAUCUCCUAUAAAAUAAUCAGUGGCAACGAACAUGGAAAAUUUAGUAUAAAUCCAGUUACAGGGAUGAUAUUUAUCAUUGAAAGUCUGGACUAUGAAACGUCUCCUGAGUAUUACUUGACAGUAGAAGCCACAGAUGGGGGAACGCCACCUCUUAGCGAUGUUGCAUCAGUGAACAUCAAUGUAACCGACGUCAAUGACAAUUCCCCGGUUUUUAGCCACAGCACGUACACGGCUGUUGUCGGUGAAGAUGCAGUGUCUGGACAGUCUGUUCUUACGGUUGUUGCUGAUGAUGCCGAUGGACCUUUGAACAGUCACAUACACUACUCAAUUAUGGAUGGCAACCAAGGGAAUACAUUUCUCAUUGAUCCAGUAAGAGGAGAAGUCAAAGUGAAUAAACUUUUAGAUAGAGAAAAGAUUUCCGGAUAUACUUUAACUGUUCAAGCAGAAGAUAAUGGAAAUCCACCCAGACUAAACACCACGACUAUUAACAUCGAUGUAUCCGAUGUCAAUGACAACCCACCAAUUUUCUCACAAGAGAAUUAUAGCCUUAUUAUACAGGAAAAUAAGCCAAUUGGUUUCAGCAUUUUGCAGUUGGUGGUCACAGACAAGGAUUCUUCACACAAUGGCCCACCUUUUACGUUCACUAUUUUGAGUGGAAAUGAAGAAAACACUUUUCAGAUUGACCAGCAAGGGGUAGUUACCACCGUGACAGCUUUAAAUCGAAAAAUCAAUGAUCAUUUUCUGCUUCAAGUCCAGGUUUCAGAUAAUGGAAAACCUCAGUUAUCAUCCAUGACCAAUAUUGAAGUGCGAGUGAUUGAGGAGAGCAUCCACCCUCCAGCAAUUUUACCUCUAGAGAUAUACAUUUCAACUUUCGGAGAGGAAUAUUCUGGAGGCGUGAUUGGAAAAAUCCAUGCAACAGAUCAAGAUGUUUACGAUACCCUUACAUACAGCCUGGAUUCUAAAGUAGAAAACCUUUUCUCCGUUUCGAGCACUGGAGGCAAGUUGAUUGCUCAUAAGCGACUGGAUGUUGGCCAGUAUCUGUUAAACGUUACUGUCACUGAUGGGAAGUUUACGACAGCAGCAGAUAUUUCUGUGCAGGUCAGACAGGUAACUCAGGAGAUGCUUAAUAACAGCAUAACGUUCAGUUUUGCAAAUCUGACUCCGGAGGAAUUCAUUGGAGACUACUGGCGGAACUUUCAAAGAACUCUAAGAAACUUAUUGGGUGGGCGCAAAAUCGACAUUCAGAUUGUUAGCUUGCAACCUUCUGAACCACCAUCGAACCUUGAUGUUCUACUGGUGGUAGAUAAACCUGGCAACACGCUUUUUGCUCCUAAAGUUCUUAUCCAGAAGAUAAACGCAUCUGUUGCUGAUAUCGAAGACUUCAGUGGCGUUAAAAUCAUUGGUGUCUUCCAAAAGCUGUGCAUUGAUGUAGAGUGCCCUUUGAGGUUUUGUGAUGAGAAGAUAUCUGUAGAUGAAAAUAUGAUGUCAACUCACAGCACCGCAAGGCUGAGCUUUGUCAUGCCCAGGCACCACCGGAAGUCUGUAUGCUUGUGCAAAGGUGGAAAAUGUCCUAUUCUAAACACUAUGUGUGAUGGAAACCCUUGUCCUGAAGGAACUGAAUGCGUUGUAGAUGUGAAAGAAGGAAAACACAAAUGUGUUUGCCAAGAUGACAGACAUGGACAAUGCAGCGCAGGUUCAUCUGUAACAUUUACUGGAAAUAGUUAUAUCAAGUACCGGCUGCUGGAAAAUGAGAACAAGGAAGAAAUGAAACUCUCAAUGAAGCUUAGAACUUAUUCAGCUCACGCAGUUGUCAUGUAUGCAAGAGGAACCGACUAUAGCAUCCUUGAGAUUCAAGGUGGAAAACUACAGUAUAAAUUUGAUUGUGGCAGUGGCCCGGGCAUAGUGUCUGUUCAGAGUAUACAUGUCAACGAUGGACAGUGGCACACGGUGUCUCUUGAAGUGGAUGGCAAUUAUGCAAGGCUGGUCUUGGAUCGUGUCCACACUGCAUCUGGAACUGCCCCCGGCACACUCAGAACGCUCAACCUUGAUAAUUUUGUGUAUUUUGGUGGUCAUAUGCGACAUGGCUCAAAACACGGGAGAGGCCCUCAAGUUAACAAUGGAUUCCGAGGAUGCAUAGACUCUGUUUUGCUAAAUGGACAAGAGCUCCCUCUAAAUAGCAAAUCUAAGAUUUAUGCUCACAUAGAGGAAUCUGUGGAUAUUUAUCCAGGUUGUUCCCUAACAAGUGCUGAUAUCUGCUCUGGAAAUCCCUGUCAAAAUGGAGGUGUUUGCUCUCCGGUGGCUAAUGGAGGCUACUACUGUAAAUGUACUUCAUUGUUCUCGGGUACACAUUGUGAAAUUGGCAUCAAUCCAUGUGCAACAAACCCUUGCCUUUAUGGUGGUACCUGCAUCGUGGUAAAGGAUGAUUUCAUCUGCCACUGUAGAGGUGAUUACACAGGCCAGAGAUGUCAGCUUGGCCCCUACUGUAAAGAUAACCCAUGUAAGAAUAGCGGAAAAUGUAUUGACAGUUUGGAUGGUCCUGUAUGUGAAUGUGAACCUGGAUUCAGAGGAGAAAGGUGCCUCAUUGAUGUGGAUGAGUGUGUAGAAAGCCCCUGUCCUAAGGGCGCUCUUUGUGAAAAUACUUAUGGCUCCUACAGUUGUAACUGUAGUCAUGGAUAUGGUGGAAAGCACUGCACAGAUAUCACGCUCAACAAAUAUGUAUCAACAUCCUGGAACAUUGGAUUGGCUGAGGUUAUUGGGAUAAUUGUAUUCAUAGCAGGAGUGUUCUGCUUAGUUGUAAUUUUUGUAGUGUGCCGUGUGGUGGUCAAUAAGAAAAAGAAGAGGAAGGCAGAAGCAGAAGACAAACACGCUGGGUCGGCUUCUUCAGCAUUUUUACAAAGAACAUUUUUGGAGCCCAAAGUUAAAAAUGUGUAUUCAGACAUCCCACCUCAGGUGCCUGUCCGACCGAUUUCAUAUACUCCAAGCAUUCCUAGUGACUCCAGGAACAACCUGGAUCGAAAUUCCUUUGAAGGAUCAACCAUUCCAGAGCACCCAGAAUUCAGCACGUUUAACCCUGACUCAAUACAUGGACAUAGGAAAACUGUAGCAGUUUGCAGCGUAGCUCCUAAUCUUCCACCUCCACCCCCAUCAAACUCGCCAUCGGACAGUGACUCAAUACAAAAGCCCAGCUGGGACUUUGACUAUGAUGCUAAGGCUGAUCUUGACCCAUGUCUUUCAAAGAAGUCUCUAGAUGAAAAACCUUGUCAGCUCUACAAUCCCCGUGAAAGUAUGUCUGAAAUACAGUCUCUCAGUUCCUUCCAAUCAGAAUCCUGUGAUGAUAAUGCUUCCAUUGUGACCGUUAUACACCUUGUCAAUGCUGUAAUUGACUCGGUGGAAAAUGAAGAUUCUUUUGCAGUUCCUGAUGUCAGGAAUUCACGAGGUUAUCACUGGGAUACUUCAGACUGGAUGCCUCCUGUCCAAUUGCCAGAUAUUCAGGAAUAUCCUCAUUAUGAAGUUGCUGAAGAAACAGCUCCUCUCUACACAGACCCUGCUUCCAUUGAAACAGAUUACUACCCAGGAGGCUACGACAUAGAAACUGACUUCCCACCUCCACCAGAAGACUACCCAUUGCCAGAUGAGCUUCCACCACUGCCACCAGAGUAUUCAGAACUGUUUGAUACAAUGCAAGCACCAAGAGAAAUGCCUAGUGUGGGCAGCUUGGGUUCAUCAACAAAAAGUAAUCAGAGAUAUAACCUGAAUAAGUACCUUCCUCAUCACCAAUAUUCAGCAAGUAUGGCAGAACCUCAAAACGCUACCAGUGGAGAUGGCAAUAGUUAUAGAGAUCCUUAUGCUGCUUCUUACAUGUUAGGGUAUAACAGAGACUUUGAAGUCCCCAUGGUGGACAACAUGUCCAUGUCUGGAUACACUUCUGCAGCUUCAUGCACUGAUGUGUCUGCAUGCUGUGAGAUGGAGUCAGAGGCCAUGAUAAGUGACUAUGAGAGUGGAGAUGAUGGUCACUUUGAAGAUGUGACAAUACCGUCUCUGGAUCCCCAGCACCACACCGAAGUCUGACACCAUAAAAAGUGCCUGGACAUUGCUCAAGUUUUAAACGUAAUAAUUUCUCACAUUUCAAUAUAUAUUUGUUUUUGUUCUUCUGUUUCAUAUGUACCAUUGCUUUUAUGCUUUUUUUUAUGUGGCAAGUGAUAUCAGGCAUGGUUACCUCUGGCCAUGAUAUUUUAAAACAUAUGUGCCAAUGCCAUUCCCAGAAUUAUGAAGACAAAUAAACCAUUUGGAUAGGCUGCUUCCACUCCAUUUUUUAAAACGUCUUUUUCUGUCUACUUUUUUUAAAUAUAUAUUUUUUUUAGGAAAAAAAUACCACUACAACAUAGUAGCAUGUAAUGUGUAUUUAUAAAGUUUCAAAUAUAAUUUUAACCUUUUGUUCCACCUGUAAAUGCAAUGUACAGUUUUGAUUUAAAUAGCAUUAGUUAGAUUUUGUAGAUAUUUUUGGAAUUCUUUUCCUUUUGAUCAUUAGCAGUUUUAAGGUCUCUCUUUUGUGCCAGGAAGCAGAUCUUUUUUCGAUUUCCGCGGCUUCACAGUAUCUCUUUAAUUCCAUUGAGGUUUUACCUUCUGGGCUGUAUUUCCAACCACAUUGUUAUUUCCAAGUAAAUUGACAGUAACAACUGUGAAUUAACAAUGCUUACUCUGAUGCAAUUUGGGACUGGAAAAAAAAUCUAAAUUGAGAUUGUAGAUUUCAAAGAUUUGCCCUAGUUGGAAAGUAUAAUGGGGACCCCUGCAUACGUGUUUAGAACCAAAAUCACCAUAACAUGGUUUUUAUGGUGUCUGUAUAUUUGUGAUGCCAUGGUCUUGUAAAGGUUUUUACUGAAAACUACCAUUAGCCAGUCUUUCUUACUGACAAUAAAUUAUUUUAAAAAAAUGUGUUUGUAUCAUUUGUGGAGUUUCUACAUCAACAAAAGUUAUUUCUUUAAAACAUCUAGUGGCCUGUUCGCCAAGCAAUGCACGGCUUAUACACAAAAUGGCAAUA